AGCUCCGCCCUCUGCUCCCCUCCCCCGAGCUGGAUGGCCUCCAAGGCCCGGACCCCUGGCGCUAGCUGACCUGUGCUAGGAGGCCAGGGGCCCGAGCUGUCCGGACCUGUCCGGAGCUGUCCGGACCUGUCCGGAGCGGUCCCGGGCUGCAGGCGCUCUUCGCCCUGCAACGGCCUCUCUUUCCGCUAAAUCCUGGGCGGAGCCGUAGGUAGCUUGUGGCGUUGGCUGCGGCCGCGGCGGCGGGGGUCCACUGGGAUGAACCUACCGGGCUGACCCCCUACCCCGGCCCUUCAGAUCCUCGCCUUCCUCUCGCUCUCGGAGCGGGCUAUCCGAGCGGGAGGCGGCACCAGGAACACCAGGGGUCCGGACGGGCACUGUCCGUGCUAUUGGGGUCCCCGAGAACCCCAGGCGGCUUCUGAUGGAAGACUUGGCCCGGGCCGAGCCCCGGCUCCGCGGCUAAGAUGGGGAACAAGCAAACGAUUUUCACCGACGAGCAGCUGGACAACUACCAGGACUGUUCCUUCUUCAAUCGGAAUGACAUCCUCAAGCUGCACGCUCGAUACUACGAACUAGCACCAAACAUCGUGCCCAUGGACUACCGAAAGAACCCCAUAGUCACCGUGCCCAUGUCGGUCAUCAUACAAAUGCCUGAGUUCAAGGAGAAUCCCUUCAAGGAGAGAAUUGUGGCAUCUUUCUCUGAGGAUGGUGAGGGGAAUCUCACCUUCAAUGACUUUGUGGAUAUGUUUUCAGUACUCUGUGAGUCAGCACCCAGAGAGCUCAAAGCAAGCUAUGCCUUUAAGAUCUAUGACUUCAACAAUGACAACUUCAUCUGCAAGUCAGACCUGGAGCUGACCCUGGCUCGGUUAACCAAGUCUGAACUGGAGGAAGAGGAGGUGGUUCUUGUCUGUGAUAAGGUCAUUGAAGAGGCUGAUCUGGAUGGAGAUGGAAAACUCAGCUAUGCAGACUUUGAGGACAUGAUUGCUAAAUCCCCUGACUUUCUGAGCACUUUUCACAUUCGGAUCUGAAGCGGACCACUUGAGAUGACUUCAGCUCAGCCCAGCCACCUCUGAAAGGCCUCCAGGACUCCUCUUUUGGAGGGAGAAAAGUUUCUCCAGAUUUGUGUUGAGUUAUGGUCAGCAGAAGAUGUGGCUUCCUGUGGUUUUAUACCUGUGAAAAUUUAUUAUGGCCCUGUUAGCAAAAAACAAUCCCACCAAAACCCAAACCCAAUCACCAAAAAGUAACAGUAACAACUGACCUAGGAGGCUCCCAUCAGUCUCCCGUAUACUCCCAAGAUCUCAUAGCUUUCUCCUCCAUACCAAAGAUACUCUUAACCAACUGGAAUGUUGGGACUGGGAAUAUCUUCAUGGCAUUGAAUCCAUCUGUCUGUCUGUCUGGAAGGGUCACAGGCAGAGAAGCACAUCUUGAUUCUUUCCCUAAGGUUUGCCAAUCUGUUGACUCCACGAUGAAGGCCAAGCUGGGUGUAAAUCUGUCCUGCCUUGGGAAAUGAGACUUCAUCUAUAUUGAUACCUUUUCUUUCCCAAACCUCCUUAAAGAACCAAGAAGAAGGUGGGGGGUGGGGAGAACAUCUUUUAAAAAAACAUAAAAGAGCUUCACUCUACUAAGAAUGAAAUGAUUUCUAAGAAGCAUGAGAGUGAGCACAAAAGAAAAAGAGAUGAAGUUUCAAAUCAGCUAUGCAAUCUUUCUCAUCAAAUGUCUCUAUUCAGCUCUGCCUUUCUCCCUUGACCAGACACUGUCAUCCCCCUCUCCGGGCCUGGCCCGGGACCCACUGCCACUUGCCUCUGGCAGUCAAUGGAAGGGCUCUGUCUCUCUUAUUCUAUCAUUCUUUCCCCCAUUAAAUAUUCUUAUUGAUUUGA